AUGGAAAAACAUUUACCGAUCUCGACGGACGAUGCGCGCAACAGCGUCAGGGUGACUGGCGGAGCUGUGCGUGAAGCAGCCGCCACCGGUGUCGUUCAAGCGUUCGCUGGGGUUCGGCAGAUGCCUCGAAAUCCCGCGAGAAGCGACGCUCUGCAAGAGAUGGAUAGCGAGAAAUCGGCAACGUUUCGUCUGUGUCGUUCGCCUGCGGAAGCGCCGGGUACCCCAGGUGUACCGCUGCAGCUUACUUUCUGUCGACAGCGUAUGCGCGCCCUCCUGGACGCUCACGACAUUGCGUUUCGGGACCGCAUAUAUGCAAUGUUUGAACAACAUGCGGACUUGUUCACACCUCGCUACGGUCUAACGGUUCCCGAGGAGCGCGAACUGGUUAUGGCGCGUUGGGCAGUUAUUCGCGAAGCCCAGCUCCUGAAGGGAACACUGAACUACUCGCCGGAAGCGAGAGGCCGAUACGACGCAGUAAUGGAGUCGUGCGGCUACGUUGAUCAUUCCCUGGAAGUGAAAAUGGGCGUUCACUACGGUCUGUUUGGUAGUAGCGUGGCGCUGCUCGGUGACGAGCAGCAAUGCCGGCGCUGGCUGCAAGACAUCGAGGACGCGCGCAUGCUGGGCUGCUUUGCGUUAACGGAGCUUGGGCAUGGGUCCAAUGUUCGUGGCAUUGAGACCCUGGCAACCUACGACCCAGGUCGCGGGGAAUUUAUCAUCCAUACACCGACGGAGACGGCACAAAAAUAUUGGAUUGGUGGUGCAGCGGAAACUGCGCGCUGGGCAGUGGUGUUUGCCAAACUCCUCACACCGGACGGCGUCCAUCGUGGUAUCCACCCUUUUCUGGUGCGCCUGCGCACCGACGCCGGCGAGGUCUGCCACGGGAUUACCAUUGCCGACGUCGGCGUGAAGCAAGGCCUCAACGGGGUCGACAAUGGCCGCAUCUGGUUUGACAACGUGCGCAUUCCACGCGAGCAAAUGCUUGCCAGAUACUCCCAGGUGCUACCCGAUGGAUCGUACCGCUCUUCCUUCAAGACUGGUGACGAGCAGUUCGCUGCGCAGCUCGCGGCUCUCACUGGUGGACGCGUCAGUAUCAGUGUUGGUGCUGUGAAUCGCAUGAAAACUGGGCUGUGCAUAGCGAUACGGUACGCGCUCUCCCGGCGAGCGUUUGCGCCCUCUGGCGAUGACGAAGAGGCCGAUGCCACCGCAAAUGAGACACAUGAUGGUAAGACCGCACCCGAGGAGAUGCUACUCAUGGAUUACCAGUCGCACCAGAUGCGCUUGCUGCCCAUGUUGGCGACGACCUACGUGCUGGCGCUGGCAACGAACCGCCUUAAGUAUCGAUGGCAUCAUCGGUUAGAGGAUCCAAAUCCCAAAGAGAUUCACCUGUGGAGCUCUGGACUCAAAGCGUUUGCGACCUGGACAAUGUCGGACGUCCUGCAGGAAUGUCGCGAGUCGUGCGGUGGUAUGGGCUAUCUAGCAGAGAAUCGCAUUGGCGUCUUGAAAUGUGAUUUUGACGUCUAUCUUACGUACGAGGGCACGAAUAUUGUGCUUGUUCAGCAGGUAGCGCGAGCACAGCUCGCGGCGUACGCAGCAGGGAAGCUGCCGCCACCGCCCGCAGUCCCAGCGAUUACCUCGGAUCGCGAGCUGGCGGAGCCCGCGUUCAUCACAGCAUCGCUGGCGAGGCUGCAUGAUGCGCUUGUGCGUCGACUCGCAGAGCGGCUCACGUACGCUACGAAACAGAAUUCAAUGAAACCAUUCUUUGCUUGGAACAAGAUGUGCCUGGAUUUGGCGAUCGAUGUAGGAAAGGUUUACACAUGCCUGCUUGCCUAUCGUAUCGCCUGUGAUGAGGUCCGUCAGAUCGAUGAUCCAGCUCUCAAGCAGAUUCUCGGAUACUGUUGUGCGCUUUACGGUCUGCACAUGCUGGAUAAGUACGGAGCGCUGUUGACGCGCAUGAAUGUUUAUGCGGAUGCACCGAACACACUGGAACGCAUUCACCAGCAGGUGGAGUACCUGAGCAGCCUCUUGCGACCAAACGCCCUCGCGCUAGUGGAUGCAUUUUCGAUACCCCCGAUGCUACUUGCCCCGAUCGCCUUUGACUGGAUAACUCGAAACGCCCGCGCCCACAUUCACAAAUACGGGGAGCGGCAACGCGUCUCAUCGCACUCGGUUGUGAGUGCUUUACAGGCGCCUCCGCGAGUUCCGGAUCGAAACAGCACACAGCAGCACGUUCCUGGCUUUCCGGUCUGUAAUCAGGCCACGCUGAACAGAGACACUGAGAUUACGAGCCAGACCAAGGCGGGUUGGCGAUUCCCGCGUCUCUGA